AACGGGAUCUGACAACAUGGCGCACUUUCUCUGGGAAAACUUUCUCUAGGACGCCUUGCAGACUCGAAUGGACCGAAAGUGCAAUACUCGUCGUUUUUCUGGGUAAAUGAUAGAUUUCGGAGACGCUUUUUUCUUUUGUUGCGGAAUGCAGAGGCUUCUUUUAUUCAUUCAUGCGGAAAAUAUCAUGGGAUGAAAGUUGCCAGUUUCGGUAGCUGGAAAUCAAAGCACGAAGGCACAGGAUGGAGAAGCAAGGAAGCAGAAGAGAAAAGUUUUCGGUGCUGGGGCCACGGGUGCCAGGUGAUGGACGGGGCCUCAGCAAGGCGGACUUCAUGGAGAAGGUGCGGCAGAGUAACGAGGCCUGCCAGCGGGGUGACUUUGCCUUGGCCGUGCAGCUCUACGCCGACGCCCUGCUGGCUGACCCCCAGAACUGCAUCCUCUACAGCAACCGCUCAGCCGCUCUGCUCAAGCUGGGCCAGUACAAGGCAGCACUUGAGGAUGCUGUCAAAGCCAGACAGCUGAAUCCCAAGUGGCCCAAGGCAUACUUCCGACAGGGUGUCGCCCUUCAGUACCUGGGUCGUCAUGCCGACGCCCUGGCUGCUUUUGCCUCCGGCCUGGCCCAGGACCCGAAGAGCCUGCAGCUGCUGGUGGGCAUGGUGGAGGCCGCCAUGAAGUCUCCGCUACGAGAGUCCUUGGAGCCCACCUACCAGCAGCUACAGAAGAUGAAGCUGGACAAGAGCCCCUUUGUGGUGGUUUCGGUCAUUGGCCAGGAGCUGCUGACAGCCAGCCACCAGGGGGCGUCGGUGGUGGUGCUGGAGGCGGCGCUGAAGAUUGGCACCUGCAGCUUGAAGCUGCGCGGCUCUGUCUUCUCUGCACUGAGCUCUGCCUACUGGUCGCUCGGCAACACAGAGAAGAGCAUCGGCUAUAUGCAGCAGGAUUUGGAGGUGGCCAAAACUCUAGGUGACCAAACGGGCGAGUGCCGCGCCCAUGGCAACCUGGGCUCGGCCUUCUUCUCCAAGGGGAACUACCGCGAAGCCCUGACCAAUCACCGCAACCAGCUGCUGCUGGCCAUGAAGCUGAAGGAGCGCGAGGCGGCAUCCUCGGCCCUCAGCAGCCUGGGCCACGUGUACACGGCCAUCGGCGACUACCCCAACGCCCUGGCCAGCCACAAGCAGUGCGUCCUGCUGGCCAAGCAGUCCAAGGACCAGCUGUCCGAGGCCCGGGAGCUGGGCAACAUGGGCGCCGUCUACAUCGCCAUGGGCGACUUUGACAACGCCGUGCAGUGCCACGAGCAGCACCUGGGCAUCGCCAAGGCCCUGGAGGACCGGCGGGAGGAGGCACGCGCCUACAGUAACCUGGGCAGCGCGCACCACUACCGGCGUAACUUCGACAAGGCCGUGUCGUACCACACGCGUGUGCUGGAGCUGGCGCAGGAGCUGGGCGAGCGACCCAUCGAGAUGCGGGCCUACGCCGGGCUGGGCCACGCCGCCCGCUGUAUGCAGGACCUGGACCGUGCCCGGCAGUACCAUGAGCAGCAGCUGGCCAUCGCCGAGGGCCUCAAGGACCGGGCGGCCGAGGGCAGGGCCUCCUCCAACCUGGGCAUCAUCCAUCAGAUGAAGGGGGAUUACGAGACUGCACUGAAACUUCACAAGACCCAUCUCUCCAUUGCCCAGGAGCUGAGUGACUAUGCCGCCCAGGGUCGGGCCUACGGAAACAUGGGCAAUGCCUACAAUGCACUGGGCAUUUUCGACCAGGCCGUACGCUACCAUCGGCAGGAGCUGCAGAUCUCCAUGGAGGUCAACGACCGCGCCUCGCAGGCCUCCACCCACGGGAACCUGGCUGUGGCCUACCAGGCCCUGGGCGCCCAUGACCGUGCCCUGCAGCACUACCAGAACCACCUGAACAUCGCCCGUGAGCUGCGGGAUGUCCAGAGCGAAGCCCGGGCCCUGAGCAACCUGGGGAACUUCCACUGCUCCCGUGGUGAAUUCCCCCAGGCUGUGCCCUACUAUGAGCAGUACCUGCGCCUCUCCCCAGACCUCCAGGACAUGGAGAAUGAGGGCAAGGUGUGCCACAACCUGGGUUACGCCCACUACUGCCUCGGCAACUUCCAGGAGGCUGUGAAAUACUAUGAGCAAGACUUGGCUUUGGCUAAGGACUUGCAUGACAAACUUAGUCAGGCCAAGGCCUACUGCAAUCUGGGGCUGGCCUUCAAGGCGCUGGGUGACUUCAGCAAGGCCGAGGAGUGCCAGAAAUACUUGCUGUCGCUGGCCCAGUCCCUCAACAACUUGCAGGCCCGCUUCCGGGCACUGGGCAACCUUGGGGACAUCUUUGUGUGCAGGAAGGACCUGGUUGGUGCCGUGCCGUUUUACGAGCAGCAGCUAGCCCUGGCCCACCAGGCCGGUGAGCGGAAGAUGGAGGCAUCCGCCUACGCAGCCCUGGGUGCCACAUACCGCAUGAUGCAGAAAUACGACAAGUCCCUGGGCUACCACACCCAGGAGUUGGAAGUGUACCAGGAGCUGGCGGAUGUCCUGGGCGAGUGCAAGGCCCAUGGGCACCUGGCGGCUGUCUACAUGGCCCUGGGCAAGUAUACCAUGGCCUUCAAGUGCUAUGAGGAGCAGCUGGAGUUGGCCCAGAAGCUGAAGGAACCCAGCACAGAGGCGCAGGUCUACGGCAACAUGGGUAUCACCAAGAUGAACAUGAACGUGAUGGAGGAGGCCAUUGGCUACUUCGAGCAGCAGCUGGCUGUGUUACAACAGCUCAGCGGCAAUGAGGCCCUGCUGGAUCGGGGCCGAGCCCACGGCAACCUGGGUGACUGCUACGAGGCACUGGGUGACUACGAGGAGGCCAUCAAGUACUAUGACCAGUACCUCUCUGUGGCCCAGAGCCUGAACCGCAUGCAGGACCAGGAGAAGGCCUACAGGGGCCUGGGGAACGGCCACAGGGCUAUGGGAAACCUGCAGCAGGCGCUGGUGUGCUUCGAGAAGCGCCUGGUGGUGGCCCACGAGCUGGGCGAGUGCGGGGGCAAGGCUCAGGCCUACGGGGAGCUGGGCAGCCUGCACAGCCAGCUGGGCAACUAUGAGCAGGCGCUGUCCUGUCUGGAGCGGCAGUUGGGUAUCGCGCGUGACACGGGGGACCACGCGCUGGAGGGCGAGGCCAGCAGCGGCCUGGGAGCCGUGCAUCAGCUAAUGGGCGAGCACGAGGCUGCCCUGCGCUGCCACCAGCGCCACCUGGAGAUCGCCGAGGAGACGGGCAGCGCCAGCGGCCAGGGCCGCGCCUACGGCAACCUGGGACUCACCUACGAGUCGCUGGGCAACUACGAGCGUGCCGUGGUCUUCCAGGAGCAACACCUGAGCAUCGCCGCGCAGACCAAUGACCUGGCGGCCAAGACGGUGGCCUACAGCAGCCUGGGCCGCACCCACCACGCCCUGCAGAACUACUCGCAGGCCGUCAUGUACCUGCAGGAGGGUCUGCGCUUGGCAGAACAGCUGGGGCGGCGGGAGGAUGAAGCCAAGAUCCGGCACCGUUUGGGACUUUCCCUGUGGGCCAGCAACAACCUGGAGGAGGCCCAGCACCAGCUGUACCGGGCGUCAGCUCUUUUCGAGACCAUCCGGCACGAGGCCCAGCACAGCACAGACUACAAGCUGUCCCUGUUCGACCUGCAGACCUCGUCCUACCAGGCUCUCCAGCGGGUCCUCGUCAGCCUCGGCCACCACGAUGAGGCCCUGGCUGUGGCGGAGCGCGGUCGAACCCGGGCCUUCGCCGACCUGCUGGUGGAGCGGCAGACCGGGCAUCAGGACUCGGACCCGUACAGCCCGGUGACGGUGGAGCAUGUGCUGGACGCAGUGAGCAGCCAGCGAGCUCUGGUGCUCUACUUCUCACUGGCUGCCGGGUACCUGUACAGCUGGCUACUGGCUCCAGGGGCAGGCAUCCUCAAAUUCCACGAGGUCUACUUGGGCGAGGGAGUGUCCGAGGCCGGCCCAGACCCCCAGGACGGAGGGGGAGGCGGUGGCGUGACCUCGCUGGAGCAGCACAUUGCCAGUACCCGAGAAGCCCUGGGGGUGGACUCCUACUACAGCAGGGGUUGCUCCAACAGCGAGACGGAAAGCGAGGCAGGAGACCUUCUGGACCAGCAGUUUGAGGAGUUCAACAACAAGCUAAACUCGGUGACGGACCCAACGGGCUUCCUGCGCAUGGUGUCCAGGAACAACCUCUUUAACAGGAGCUGUCAGAGCAUGACCAGCCUGUUCAGCAACACUGUGUCCCCCACCAAGGAGGCCGUAUCUUCGCUGCCGCGCCGGUCGAGCACCCUGGGCAGGCCGCCGCUCCGCGCCCUCUACGACCUGCUCAUCGCGCCUAUGGAGGGGGGUCUGAUGCACUCCAGUGGUCCAGUGGGUCGCCACAGGCAGCUGGUGUUGGUUCUGGAGGGCGAAUUGUACCUCAUCCCCUUUGCCCUACUCAAGGGCAGCUCUUCCAACGAGUAUCUGUACGAGCGCUUUAGUCUAAUCGCCGUGCCCUCCAUCCGCGCCCUGGGAGCCGCCGCCAAGGCACACCCUCGACGCACGGCGCCAGCACACUGCGGCGGUAGCUCCAUGGCCGCAGUAGUGGGCAAUCCGCGUCUGCCCCCGUCCGUCAUGGACCGCUGGCUGUGGGGGCCUAUGCCCUCGGCUGAGGAGGAGGCCAACAUGGUAGCAGAGCUGCUGGGCUGUCAGCCGCUUGCAGGUCCCGCCGCCACCAAAGAGCGUGUCAUGGCCGCCCUGGGUCAGGCCGAGUGCGCGCACUUUGCCACACACAUCUCCUGGAAGCUAGCCGCCCUGGUGCUCACUCCCAUCCAGGAGGGGGCGGGCCAGGGAUGUGGGCCCAGCUCCGGGGGAGCGGCCGCGGGUGGAGGGGGCGGAAAGAGCAGCUUAGGGAGCAGCUACACCAUCCCAGAGGGCCUGCGUGUGCCGGACGACAGCAGCGAUGUGGAGAGCAUCUGCGACAGCCCGCCCCUGCAGGAGUUCCUCCUCACCGCAGCCGACAUCCUGGACCUCAGGCUGCCCGUUAAACUAGUCAUGCUGGGCUCGUAUCAGGAGUCCAACAGCAAGGUGACGGCAGACGGUGUGGUGGGGCUUACGCGGGCCUUCCUGGCGGCGGGGGCUCAGUGCGUGCUGGUGUCACUGUGGCCCGUACCCGUGGCCGCCUCCAAGGUGUUUGUUCACGCCUUCUACUCCGCCCUGCUCAACGGCACCAAGGCCAGUGCUGCCCUGACCGAGGCCAUGAAGGCCGUGCAGAGCAGCAAGCAGUUCUCCCACCCCUCAAACUGGGCAGGUUUCAUGCUGAUUGGCAGCGACGUCAAGCUGAACAGCCCCUCAUCUCUGAUUGGUCAGGCCUUGGCAGAGAUCCUGCAGCACCCUGAGCGGGCCCGAGAUGCUCUGCGGGUCCUUCUGCACCUGGUGGAGAAGUCCCUGCAACGCAUCCAGAACGGCCAGCGCAACUCCAUGUACACAUCGCAGCAGAGCGUGGAAAACAAGGUGGGCGGCGUGCCCGGCUGGCAGGCGCUGCUCACCGCCGUGGGCUUCCGGCUUGACUCAGCUGGCACCGGGCUCCCUGCCGCCGUCUUCUUUCCCACCGCUGACCCCGGGGACCGGCUGCAGCAUUGCAGCACCACGCUGCAGUCCCUGCUGGGGCUGCCACCCCCUGCCCUCAUGGCCCUCUGCAAGCUUGUCACGGCUUCCGAGACGGGAGAGCAGCUCAUCAACAGGGCUGUUAAAAACAUGGUGGGAAUGCUCCACCAGGUUCUGGUCCAACUGCAGACGGGUGAAAAGGAGCAGGACUUCUCAUUGGCACCCAUUCAGGUGUCCAUCAGUGUCCAGCUCUGGAGACUGCCUGGCUGCCACGAAUUUCUGGCUGCACUGGGGUUUGACCUGUGCGAGGUGGGCCAGGAGGAGGUGGUCCUGAGGACCGGGAAGCAGGCGAACUGGCGCACGCUGCACUUUGCGCUGCAGUCUCUGCUGGCGCUCUUCGACUCCACAGAGCUGCCGAAACGCCUCAGCCUGGAUAGCUCGUCCUCCCUGGAGUCGCUGGCCUCGGCCCAGUCCGUGUCGAACCCGCUGCCCCUGGGCUACCCCCACCCACCCUUCUCUCCUCCAUGCCCCGAUAGCCUGGCCUCAGAUGCCAUCUCUGUGUACAGCCUGAGCUCCGUAGCCUCGUCCUUGAGCUUUGUGUCCAAACCAGAGUGCGGUGGCGAUUUUCAGGGCCAACGUGCGCGGCAGAUGGAGCAAGAGCGCCUCCGUGGCGGGGCGGGGCUUUUCUCAGGACGCCACGGGAGUGUCCCAAGGAGCCGUUCCUCGCCACACGGGGCGGCAGGUGGCCGCAAGGAGGAGGAGGAGUAUCAGGGCUACUCCAUCAUCAGCAGUGAGCCACUGGGCAGCCAUUGUGACUCUCUGCCUCUGCCACGGAGGAGGGCACAUAGGGGGGGUGUGGCCGGUGUCGGCGCGGGGCGAGGCUAUGGGGCAUCUGUCUCCACACGAGGUAGUGUCAGCACACCUACUUCUCCUGUCAAAGCGGGCCCUGUAGCCAGCCCAAGCCCACCAGCCCGAAAGGCAGGCAAGGCGAGUAGCUCGGACACGGGCGAGUCGGACCAGUCCAGCACCGAGACCGACAGCACUGUCAAAUCACAGGAGGACAGGGUGGUGGCGGGCCCCCCACUGGACCCUCAGGAACUGGCUGAGAAGAUCCUAGAGGAGACACAAUGCCACCUGCGGGCGGUGGAGAGCUUGCAGAGGGGUGGGGCUGGCAGCACGGUGGGCGGGGCCUCCACUCCAACCGGAGGCUCCGCCUUCCGCUUAUCAGAGACCAGCGCCUUCAGCCGGCCCCAAAGCAGCAACAGCACCAAGGCCAACUCCUCGCCCCUACCCACCCGCCCCAAGCCGCCCUCCCGAUCAUCCUCCCUGCAGAAGGUCAGCUCCGGCUACAGCAGCCCAGCCAACUCUGACACCUCCCUGAAGGAAGCCAGCCAGCCAUCCCCCACCUCGGACGGCCAAUCCCAGGUCAAGCUCAAGUACCCCAGCUCGCCCUACAGCGGACACAUCUCACGCUCCCCCAGCAAUGUUUCCCCCAGCUCGGGCCACCAGUCUCCCGUUGGCAGCGCCCCCUCCCCCGCUCUUUCCUACUCCUCCACAGGCUCGGCCCGCUCCAGCCCGGCCAACGCCCCCGACCUGGACCGGCUGAAGAGGGCAGCCAUCGAUGAGAAGGUCCAGGCCAUCCACAACCUGAAGACGUUCUGGGCCAGUGCUGGCCAGCAGCCAGGGCAGCAGCACUCUGGUCCCAUGCGGGCCCUCCGGGGAGGAUCUGGAGUCACAGGCACUGCCAAGCGGGAUGUGCUAAAUCUCCUGAACCUCUCCCCGCGUCAUGAUGGUGAUAGCCCAGAGCUACGCUCCUUUGAUGCUCGCUCUAGGAACCCACCCAAUGGCCAUCACCCCCAAAAUGCCAGGAAAGCCACCCCCUCUCCCACCACCUCUACCAGCAGCAGUCCUGGUGCACGCCCUGUCAGACUUCCUGCCGGGAACGGCUAUAAGUUCCUGUCACCCGGCCGCUUCUUCCCCUCCUCCAAAUGCUGAUACCGGGAGUCUUCCAUUUUGGUGUUAUCACCCAUUGGCUGUUCUGUCCAUGGGGGUGAGCUUGGCGCUUCCUGGACGUCCUGAUUGGUCGAGACGAUGUAGAGCGCUUGCAGCGCAUGAUGUGUUUGGGUGGGACUUGUUUAAGGUUGGAAACCUCAGGAGCAUCUUCUCCGAAUACCCAGCAACACUGUAAACAGCAAAAACAACGACUCUGUGACCUGACACUGUGCGUGUCAGAAAGACUUAAACACCAAGCAGUAUUUCCUCAACAACAAAAAAAAAGUGUACUGUUUGUGUAAGCCACGGCGAUGGAGCUGUGAUUGGUCUGCUUCAUUUUAUUUUAAUUAUUGUUAUUAUUAUUAAUAUUAUUAUUGUUAUUGUUAUAAUUAUUAUGUUUUGUAAAUUAAAUCCAGUGUUUCACAAUCAAUAUUAAACAUUUUAUAUUAUUAAAAGCGAACAAAACUGUACCAUGUAAAAAGAGAAAAGGUUAAAAAAAGAUAUUUUUAUUGAAACAGCAAAAAUAGGCAUUUGGCCUGAUUUCUUUGUGAGUUUGAGUGUCUAUACUGUAUAAAAAGCAUGGGUUAUCUUCUGUUCGAUGUUAAGUACAAGGUAUGACUUUUUAAACACAUUUUUGAACACAUGGGAAAUACAAAAAACAGGCCUUCCUCUCUUAGUCAUUUAUCAGAAAAAUUGUUUCAAUAAAAUUACGUUUGCUCUCUUGCA